GACAGCGGCGGCAGGGUGGUCGGACGGCUGGCGCGGUGGUGCUGUUAGCUAGGCGGCCCGAGAAAUGGGAGACCCGGGGUCGGAGAUAAUAGAAUGUGCCCUUCCAGCUGGGCCUGAAGCACCUACGUCAACGACAGAUGAAAACGAAGAUGACAUUCAGUUUGUUAGUGAAGGACCCUUAAGACCUGUUCUUGAAUACAUUGACCUGGUCAGCAGUGAUGAUGACGAGCCCAGCACCUCUCACCGUAAUGAGCAUGUUAAACAUAGAGAUUAUAUUGAACAUCAGCAGGAUAAAGUUGCUUUAACUCUGGCUCGUCUGGCCCGCCAUGUUGAAGUGGAGAAACAGCAGAAAGAAGAGAAAAAUAGAGCAUUUCGGGAAAGAGUUGAUUUUCAGCAUGCUCAUGGGUUACAAGAAUUGGAAUUUAUUCGAGGACAUUCUGAUACAGAAGCAGCAAGACUGUGUGUGGACCAGUGGCUAAAAAUGCCAGGAUUCAAAACAGGCGUGGUUAAUUCUGGAACAAAAAAUUCAUUCCGAAGAGGAGGCCAAAUGCGAAUGUCUGGGAAACCAAUUUUAUGUCCCAUAAUGCACUGCAACAAGCAAUUUGACAAUGGACACCUCCUCUUAGGACAUUUGAAAAGGUUUGAUCACUCUCCAUGUGAUCCAACAAUAACGCUACAUGGAUCUUUCAUCAAUUCCUUUGCUUGUAUAAUAUGUUGUGAAAAGUUUGUUACUCAACAGCAAUAUAAAGAUCACAUUUUUGCAAAGGAAGCUGCAAAUGAUGGACAUAAAAACAACCUUCUUCCUCAGAUUAUUCAAUGUUUUGCGUGUCCAAAUUGCUUCCUCCUCUUUAGCAGCAAGGAUGAGUGUUUGAAGCAUAUGUCUGGAAAGAAUCAUUUCCUUCAAAGUUUUAAACUGGGUGAUGACAAAGGAGUAGCACAUCCAAUAUCAUUUCCAUCUUUUGCAAAGAAACUUUUGAUCAGUCUCUGCAAAGAUAUUCCCUUCCAGGUCAAGUGUGUGGCCUGCCACCAGACACUGCAUUCCCACAUGGAGCUCACAGCCCAUUUCAGAGUUCGAUGUCGAAAUGCUGGUCCUGUAGCCGUAGCUGAGAAGAGCAUUGCCCAGGUUGCAGAAAAAUUCCUAUUAAGAGGUUAUUGUCCAGAUUGCAACCAAGUCUUUGUGGAUGAAGGCAGUACCCAGAAUCACAAGCAGAAUUCUGGACAUAAAGUUCAAAUAAUUACCUCAAUGGAACAGUCCAUUUUACUUUAUUGCCAUAGCAAUCAAGGAAAUAAUCCACCUUCAGACUUGCAUGUGCUGUUAGAUAAACCAGAAUUUUCUUCUCUUAAAAGAACUAUGUCUGUUAAAGAACCUAACAUAGAAAAUUAUAUCACUGUUCCAAAAAAGAAGAUGCAUUUGAAGAAUGAAAGCUUUGGAGAUGUAGUUUAUUUCCAGAAAGAAAAAUCAGCUGUUAAAACCUGGUUUUGUGAAUGUCAUCAACGAUUUCCAAGUGAAGAUGCAGUAGAAAAGCAUGUUUUCUCAGCAAACACAAUGUGUUACAAAUGCAUGGUCUGUGGGAAAGUGUGUGAAGAUUCGGGGGUAAUCCGCUUACACAUGAGUCGUUUUCACGGAGGAGCGCAUUUAAAUAACUUUCUUUUCUGGUGUCGAAAGUGUAAAAAGGAAUUAAGGAAAGAAACUAUCAUGACACAUAUAACUGAGUUUCAUAGUGGACACAGAUAUUUUUAUGAGACAGAGGGGAUAGAAGGUGAAACUCUUGCAUCACCGUCUACAACACUGAGAAAUAGCUCACCUGCUCAGAAACCUUCUGCAACUGUUACGAUUUCUGAUCAUUCCCCAGUAAGCAGUCCUCCAAAGGGCAAAUGGCAGUGCCGGAUUUGUGAAGAUAUGUUUGACUCCCAAGACUGUGUCAAGCAGCACUGCAUGUCUUUGGCAAGUCAUCAGUUUCAUAGAUACAGCUGUGCCCAUUGCAAAAAGACUUUUCACAAGAUAGAAACAUUAUACCGACACUGUCAAGAUGAGCAUGGUAAUGAAAUAAAGAUUAAGUAUUUCUGUGGGCUAUGUGAUCUUACCUUUAAUGUGGAAGAAGCAUUCUUGAGUCAUUAUAAGGAACGCCACAGCAUAGAUUAUGUGUUUGUCUCGGAGAAAAUUCAGACUUCAAUUAAAACUGAGGACGAUUUUCCAGUUUUAGAGACCAGCAGCCAGUUAACCUGUGGUUGCCGUGAGAGUUAUAUCUGUAAAGUCAACAGAAAGGAAGAUCAUAGUAGAUGUCUCCAGGUUAUGCUGGAUAAAGGUAAACUAUGGUAUCGCUGCAGUUUGUGUUCGGCAACGGCACAGAAUUUAGCUGACAUGAAAACUCACCUUCGUCAAGUGCACCGAGAAGAAAAGGGCAGUGAGGAAGAACAACAUUACGUAAUCAAGUGUGGCACCUGCACCAAAACGUUUCAUGAUCCUGAGAGUGCCCAGCAGCACUUCCAUAGAAAGCACUGCUUCUUACAGAAGCCCAGUGUGGCGCAUUUUGGAUCUGAAAAUACAAGCCUUUACAAAUUUACUGCCAGUGCCUCACCUCCUGAGAGAAAACUGAAGCAGACAGGAAGUUGUCCAAAAAAUUCAGACGGUGAGUCAGGAGUGGAGAGUGACCUGAAUAUAGAUGAAGAGGCGGUUGAGCUUCCAGAUUUGGAUUACCUGCGAACAAUGACCCAUAUAGUCUUUGUAGAUUUUGAUAACUGGUCAAACUUUUUUGGUCAUCUUCCAGGACAUCUUAACCAAGGAACAUUUAUUUGGGGCUUUCAAGGAGGAAACACCAUGUGGAAGCCUCCACUGAACUGUAAGGUCUUUAAUUACCUGAACAAAAUUGGAUGCUUUUUCCUUCAUCCUCGCUGUAGUAAAAGAAAAGAUGCUGCUGAUUUUGCCAUAUGUAUGCAUGCUGGCCGUCUAGAUGAACAGCUGCCCAAGCAAAUUCCUUUUACCAUCCUCUCAGGAGAUCAAGGUUUCCUGGAGCUCGAGAAUCAAUUUAAGAAGACCCAGAGGCCAGCUCACAUCCUAAACCCUCACCACUUAGAGGGAGAUAUGAUGUGUGCCUUGUUAAAUAGCAUAUCUGAUACCACCAAAGGUAUGCAGCUGCACUCGCAAUGCAAACCACCCAAGAGGAGGAGAUUUCACUGCUGAAAGAAACCAAUAAACUGCUGUCCACUAGUGAA